AUGAUGGUGGAUCACCUUCGCGCAGAAUUCAAACAAAUCCCUAUGACUGAGCACUUAUCCAUUGAUGAGCAGAUGGUUCCUUUCAAAGGGGCUUCAGGUUUGAAGCAAUAUAUCCCAAAAAAAACUGUCAAGUGGGGAUACAAGCUUUUUGUGCUAGCGGAUCAUAAGGGAAUGAUAUAUGAUUUUUUCCCAUAUGAAGGUAAAAAGCAUCCAGUCAGAAGAGAAGGAGUUCCAGAUCUUGGUGCUAGUGCUAACUCAGUUCUCAUCUUAGCAGAAUCUAUCCCUGAAAAUAAAAAUCACAAACUCUACAUAGACAAUUGGUUCACAUCUAAACCUCUGGUUGAACAUUUGGCAACAAGAGGAAUAUGGAUUUGUGGGACAAUUCAAGCACGAAGAUCCUGGUUUAUCAUUCAAGGAUGA